GAUACAAUAUGGUAGAGACAGACAUGCACGAACGGCACAGUUUUUUGGCAGGUGUGAGAAGCACGACUUCCACACAGAAUAUCUUUCCAUUGCUCCAUGAUUAAACUGGUUUGGUAACCCGAUCUAACACGCUGAAUAUAGACCGACCUGCACUGGCGUGAAAUAGGCCUACCAAUUAAAAUACAAGUUCUGGCACCAUCGUUCGACUGAACAACUGAAAGGUAGGAAACUGGGCAUGUGACAUGAAUGACGGAUUGGUAGGACAGGUAGGACCCAAUAGCACACAAGACAUUAAAAGCAAGGCAAGCCAAAUUAUGUCGGACAGUUAAGGAAGAUUACUUCAUGCGAGCGUCGCCGGCCAGGCCAAAGCACUAAGCACGCCCCCAACGUUCGCUGUAGAUCAAAGGAGUCAAGGUUACACUGAAUACUUCACCGAUGCAGAGUCUGUAUUAUAUUCUGUGAAGGUGGGUCAAACUUCUUGAGGAUGGCAGAGUCCACCACUAAAACUGUAUUAGGUGAAAUCAGCCAGGGUCAUUUGGAAUGUCCAAUUUGCUUUUGCCGUUUUAAAGAGCCCAAGAUCCUAGACUGUCUUCACAGCUUCUGCCUGAACUGUCUGGACGGAAUGCUGAGUGCCAAGCAGCCGGACACUUCCAAGAUCUCGUGCCCAGUCUGUAGGAAGGAGACUCCAGUGCCGGUGGUUGGCUUGCAUGGUCUGCUGGAUUGUUUCUUCCUGAGUUCCCUGGUGGAUGAGUUCAACCAGCGAGAACAAUCACUGGAAACCCUGCAGUCAGCGAUCGCACCGACAUGCGGCGAUUGUGAAGAGGGAUUGGAGGCUAUGUCACGAUGUCUAGACUGCGAGACAAAUCUUUGCCAGCUGUGUAAGGCCGCGCAUGAACGCUCUAAGCGCACGAAGAAACACCAGAUCAUCGCAAUAGACAGUCCAAUCACAAAGCAGGUCACUAAAGAAGACCUCGGUGGGAAACACUCACCGAAAUGUCACAAGCACGGCAACCAAGACAUGCAUUUUUACUGCGAGACUUGCGAAGUACUGACGUGUGCCAUAUGCGCCGCGAUAGACCACCGAUCUGCAGAACACAAGUACAGUGAAAUUGCCGAUGCCGUCAGAUUACACCGUAAAGAAGUUGAGGAUGUCUUGCAGAGGUUUGAGAGGAACAGAGAGGAGUUCAUUGCAAUAGGAAAAUCGGUUGACCACGCAAGAAACAGACUACAAUUAAUGGUGGUCCGAGCCUGCAAUGACAUUCAAGCUAAGGAGGAAGAAGAGAUUGCUAAGAUCAAAAAUAAGUCCCAAAUUCUUAGGGACAAGAUCACUGAGACUGGCAAGAAGAGAGAUGAGGAAUUUGAAACGGUGCACACACAGAAUAAGAACAAGAUGGAACGAGCAGAGACUAUCGUGGCAGCGGUUACCGAAUUAAUGCAACAAGCCAAUGAUUUAGAGCUUUUAAAUUUGAGGCCAAAGGUGAUGCACAACCUGGAUUUCCAGAAAGAGCUCACGUUUGAGAAAGUGAAUCAUGACAAGUCUUUCAUUGGAGUCAGCUGCCAAGCCAUCGUGCAAGAUAAAAGUCUUGGGAAAAUACUUCAUAGAGAGAAAUGGAAGUUGAAAACCGAGUUUGGUAAGAGAGGAGAUGGAAACGGAGAAUUAAACAGUGCAAGAGGCGUUGGCUGCUUCAGCAAUAGUGAAAUUAUAGUUUGUGAUAGGCGAAAUGAGCGAAUAUCUGUGUUUACCUCUGAAGGACACUUUAAAUCAAAGCUUGAUGUGAAAGCGCCUUUCGGCUUUGCUGUGUCGCCAGACGGUCGCCUUCUAGUCAAUUGUAAAGAUCAUGUAAAGAUUCUGGGCGCAAGUCAUCAAUUGAUUUCCCAGUUCACUUUCUCACUGGAUGAUCCUGAAGAGGAUAACCGUGUGGCAUUUAUUACUGGAGGUAUUGCUGCUGUCGAUAAUAAACGGGUGGCAGUUAUGCACAAGGGGAGAACGGUCACGUCCCUGCACAAUCUUGACGGAUCUUUAGACACAGUCAUUCCUCAUGGUGGCAUGGUUCCAGAGGACAUUGCUACGAAUACUAAAGGUCAGUUAGUUUUUACAAGGUACGGCAAGAGUCGAUUAAGUUGCGUAGAUACAACAGGGGUCGAGGUGUUCAAUGUUCAAUGUACUUCUGCCAACGGAGACACGGCAAAACCAGUCGGUGUAUGCUGUGACGGUGCAGGUGACAUCUAUGUUACCCUUCAUUGCGGUAAUUUCACAGGAAGUGGUGAAAUCCACCAUUAUGACCCACACGGAGUUCACAUUGCAUGUGUCGCUAAAGGACUGUAUUGGCCAUUUGGCAUCGCCAUUUCUCCUCGCAGGGAACUCGUGGUGGCUGAUCAGAACUCAAUUAAGAUCUUUCAGACAAUUUGAACGUAUAAUUGCUUAUUGUUAUACACUGUAAAAAAACGUUGGUCAAAACAGUGUUGGGCAUUUGUAAUUUGCCCGACCUUGGUUAAAGCUACCACAUUGUUUGUCAGUUUUCCGUUACUGUUGGUCAAACAUUGACCAAAUAUUGGGAAGGAUUUGCCUAAAGGUUGCUAAGUUGAUAUUUUUUACCAAUAUUGGGUCAUACAUCAACCCAAAUUUGACCAACCUUUCUACAGUGUACAUGUAUUAUGCCAGUUGUUGCUAAACACUACAAUUGAGUACCAUGAGAGCAAUAAGAUUUGUUUGAACAAAGUCUUGUAUGAAACUGAACGAUUUCUGCCUCAAAUGGACCAGGAAAACUUAAACGCUAAUUUGCUGCAAAUUGGACUGUAUAUAACCCUUUUUGCGAAAAGAGUUACUACAUGUACAUGUAUAUUGACUCUUCUUUCAUGUAGUUCGUUUGCACUAUGCAUGCAUUGCAGCGUUUUGUUCUGCUAUUAACUGACGUAUUUUCGAGCCUUCAUCGUUGAACGAAUAUGAACACAACGCAGUACCUGUCAACUUCUAUUUGUACAAAAGCUCGAAAAAUCUGUGAAAAAAAUGUUGCACUGUUACAGAAUGGUACACACACGCAAAAGGCAAAGAUUAUCCCUAUAGUAACAAGGACUGUAUUGCAGUAUACGUCACUGAAACGUCAUGUUGUAUACUUGACCCUACUGCCAAAAGACUGUUAGAUUCAUUACUCGUUCCAGGAAUUGGAGUAUCUGCAACACAGCAAGGUGGACUUGACUCAGCCGUCACAAAAACAACCGUACCGUACAGUUGUCUGAAGUGUACUGGUUAUCAGGGAUGCCUUAUAAUAAAUUCAUGCUCUGAUGACACCACAUGUUGUUUAUAUUUUCUACUUUCCUAUGGAGCCAGUGGGGUCAGUUGAACACGACGUCAGCAGCACAAACAACUAUUGUACAGGAUAAAAACAAAGUCAUUCUAGAAUUUGCACUAGUGCAAAGGUACGUUGGUAUCACUGUCUUUAAGAGUGGUGCUUUAAAGUGCUAUGGUUCACAAGUGUUGUUAGGGAGAGACUUAUUGUAAUUAUUGGGGUCAGGGGUCACUGCUGUCCAAAUUAAAACAGUUUGUGAUAUGUUUGUUUGAUAUAUUUAUCGUCAUUGUUGAACUACAGUAUGGUGGUCGUGGACGGAUAUCGCCAGUCGUCAAUGUUGACGUCAGUAUUCACGACUUGCUCUCCGGUCACGAAUAUUGUCUUCAAUAUUCACGACCAAAUUCAUGAGUCGUUCUCUGGUUGCGAAUACUGACACCAAAAUAUGCGACCAAAUGCAUGACUCGUAUCUCCGGUAGCAAAUAUUUCCACGAAUUUUUUUCCAGCAAGCCAGGUAUGGAGAGAGAAGCUGCUCUUUGCGACCAGACAGCGAAUCGUGAAUAUUGACGGCCAUAUUGACGAUUGGCGAUGUCCCUCCAGGGCCACCAUACUGCAGAGACAGGGAUCUGAAACAGGUACACAGGUUGAAUUCCCAACCAGUAGGGAAAGCAAAGCCGUGGAAGCUUAGACAUUCCACAGAAAGGAUAGGCUCCCCGACCAGUACAAUGGAUAUCAAGCGUUUUUUUGUUUUGUUUUGGUUUCUUUAUGGUUUUUGUUUGUUUGUUUUUAAGUAGAUUGGUAAUUGGUUUGGAGAUUGCUAGCAAAGCACAAGGGCCUUCUUGUCACUUCAUUCGACUCGCUUGAACUCCGGGAGGUAAAUUUUGUUGUUUACCUCGAUGUUGAGACAUUGAGUAACGCUCAUAUACAUAUGAAGUUUCCCUUGAAAUGAGAAGAAAUAUACAGCCAGAUGAUUAUGUACAUAGUAACCGGUCUAAUGUUCCCUACAGUUCGAAUAAGCGGCCAAAAUAAAUACCCCCCAGUUGGUGUCAGA